AUUCGUAUUCCAAACACCACGACACUGAAAUCUCCACGUCAUGGCGGAAACGCAGGAUAUUUCUGUUCCCCCGGUGGAUGAAGUAGUGGCGAAACGUGAUAAAGAUGAUUUGCUGGAUCAUUUGGAUGACCUGCUCGAGCGCUAUCUGCACACAUUGCACGAGUAUCAGCAAGUGAUGCAGCAACUUUCGAAACAACUAUCUAAUGGCUACAUGUCCCUUGCUCAAGCAAACUUCCACAAUUCGUCUUCUGCGAUUCGAUAUGGACAGGACUGCUACGAUGAACGAAUGCAGGCUAUACGAAAAGUCCACCUCUCUGAGGGCCAGACAAGCGACGUCCCGCACUUUACCGUCUACAAAUCUGAUUCUUCAGAUGAAAGCGUAGAUGCUUCUGAUGAUGCGUCCAAAAAGGUACAUGUCCAGACAUCAAAAGAUGACUCAGAACAUGUUGUUGCGCCGACAGCACCAGAGUCCAAACAAGAAGAAGAACAAGAACCAAAAACAACACCAAAUACGGAAGAAUCCAGCUCAACCUCAGAAGAACCCAAAGAAAAAACGAAGAAUACCAAAAAAUCUAAUGAUCCACUGAAAUGGUUCGGCAUCCUCGUCCCGCCUGCCCUUCGAACAGCACAAUCUGCCUUUGUAAACGCAAUCGAAACUCCGAUCCCGCAGCUAGCCACGCUAGCCAGAGACAUGCGAAUGCAGGAGAUUGAAAUUGGCCGGGUCAGAAAGCAAAUCAAGAAGCUCUAGAAUAUCUCUCCUCUUACUCACCCAGCUGGUUUCGAUUCAAAAUCUCAUAGAGAAAAAAAAGAUAAUUUUUUGCACCCAAUCCCCCCCCC